CACACACACACACACACACACACACACACACACACACACACACACACACACACACACACAUGUUGUCUGGGACUCAGAGUAUUUGUGUAGAUGCAUAGGAGAGAAGGGAUGUGUGUAAUUAAAAUCUUAUUCCUGGGUUUUCUCUAGUAAUGAUUCUAAAAAAUGGUACUAUCUAAUUCCUGGAGGAACUAUUCUAUAUUUAUUCUAGGUUGAAAAAAAUGUUUAAAUGCAUCUUUGUCUCCCUCUAUCUGAAGCACAACUACUGCAGAGAUUACAUAUUGUUUUACGCCAAAUUAUAUUAUAUUUUUGAAAUGAUUCUUUAGUUUACUACAGUGCUACUGCAUUUCCCUAUUCACUCCCUUUUUUGCCCUACCUGACACAGCUUCAUGUGGCUUUGUCUUUUAUUUCCCUUUAUUGAAGAAUAUAAACCUGCUUUUAAGUAUUUUUUAUAAUCCUUUACUGUUAAACUACCAAGGCUGCAACUAUGGUGUUUAUUUUUCAAAAUUAAUCCUGUUAAAUAGCAAAGAAAACAUCGGAUAACCAGCAAUUAUUUUUUAUUUUGCAGCUGAAGUAUACUCAUUUCUCAGCGUUUGUGCUAACCAAGUAAUUAUAAAAUAUGCUGCAAAUCAACUUCAUACAAGUUUAAUAAUUGUUUAACUAACAAUGUAUGAUCUUUAAAGGCUUAAACUCAAUAUAAGUAGAUUUAAUGUGGACACUGGGUGCAAUAUAGCAGAUAUUUGAUAUAUAUUUAUGUACAAUGUUACUCACUGUUAGGGGGAUAUUGUCUAUAUUGAAAUCCUGUUAAUCAGUGGAAAUAAUAUCAACAGCUUUAAGUACAUUUUGAUGGUAACACCUUUCAAACACAUGUCCAGAAAGAGAGGUUUUGUGAUCUACUUUAAAGAUUGUAAUAAUGACUCCUGCUGUUUGCAGGUGUUUGACUGGAAGGAGGAGCGACUGGCUGCAGAGGGUCAGAGUGAUGAAGGGUGGAGCCAGGCCAAGGAGAGAGGGAGGAUCCAAUCAGAUGAGUGGGUGACGGUCACAGCCACACACAUACGGGAGGUGGAUGUGGAGCCUCUGGACUACGACCUGGAUAUCAGCCGGGAGCUGUGCAAACCUCAGAAGGUUCCCAUCCCCGAGCGCUACGUGGAGUCGGACCCCGACGAGCCCCUCAGUCUGGAGGAGCAGGAGGAGCGCAGCCGCCGGACGCAGCGCAUCAAGAACCUGCUCGCUAAGUCCAGUUAUCAGAACAGACAGCCGUCCGAUCCGCUGGACUUCGGUGAUCUGGACGCAGCUCUGCAGCAGCAGGAGAGGAUCAUGAGUGUGUCGCACGCUCUGGCCUCCGAGGCCUCGCGCAAGAGCAAGCUGGUGGCAGGUUAGUGAACAAACAUCCUUAC